UGGGAGAUAGGAGUAUGCACUGGCUGCCUUGGGGAAGGUCUCCUCCAAUGGCUGGUGCCCGGCUGAUUUUUAACACCAAGACUGCAAAUUUGGAAAAUACUCAAGGGAAGAGCCUGGGACGUGGUUCAGGAGAUGCAGCAGCAGGUUUAGGGAGAAGAAAGAGGAGAGGAAGAAAGGGGUAUCGGAGAUGGAAGCCAAAGAAGAAGCAGAAGUUUCAGAUCCCAGAAGAAUUUCUCACGUUUGAGAAUAUGGUAUCAAGUUUUCGUGUUUCUGAGCUGCAAGUGCUGCUGGGCUUUGCUGGACGUAAUAAAAGUGGGCGUAAGCAUGACCUCCUGAUGAGGGCACUGCACUUACUGAAGAGCGGCUGCAGCCCAGCGGUUCAGAUAAAAAUCCGAGACCUCUAUAGGCAUCGGUACCCAAGGACGAUUGAGGGACUGUCGGAUUUAUCGGCUAUAAAACCUGCGUCGUUCAACUUGGACAGCAGUUCCUCGCCAGUCGAGCCUGACCUGGCUGUCGCAGGCAUUCACCCACUCCCUUCGACUUCAGUCACGCCUCAGUCUCCAUCCUCGCCUGUCAGCUCCGUGCUCCUCCAGGACACUAAGCCCCACUUUGAGAUGCAGCAGCCAUCCCCUCCGAUUCCACCCGUUCAUCCUGAUGUUCAGCUGAAAAGCUUGCCUUUCUACGAUGUGCUCGAUGUGCUCAUUAAACCCACGAGUCUAGUACAAAGCAGUAUUCAGAGGUUCCAGGAGAAGUUUUUUAUCUUUGCUUUAACACCUCAGCAGGUCAGAGAAAUCUGUAUUUCCAGGGACUUCUUGCCUGGAGGCAGGAGAGAUUACACAGUCCAAGUUCAGCUAAGGCUAUGCCUAGCAGAGACAAGCUGCCCUCAAGAGGAUAAUUAUCCUAAUAGUUUGUGCAUUAAAGUAAAUGGGAAGCUGUUCCCAUUGCCGGGAUAUGCUCCACCGCCAAAAAAUGGAAUUGAACAGAAACGACCUGGGCGUCCCUUGAAUAUCACAUCUCUAGUUAGGCUGUCAUCAGCAGUGCCAAACCAGAUUUCCAUUUCUUGGGCUUCUGAAAUUGGAAAGAAUUACUCCAUGUCUGUGUACCUGGUUCGCCAGCUCACCUCAGCUAUGCUUUUACAGAGGUUAAAAAUGAAAGGUAUCAGAAACCCUGACCAUUCCAGGGCACUAAUUAAAGAAAAACUAACUGCAGAUCCUGAUAGUGAGAUUGCCACAACCAGUCUGCGAGUCUCUCUGAUGUGUCCUCUGGGAAAAAUGAGACUGACAAUCCCAUGCCGGGCUGUGACUUGCACACACCUUCAAUGUUUUGAUGCUGCUCUUUACCUUCAAAUGAAUGAAAAGAAGCCUACCUGGAUCUGCCCUGUCUGUGACAAAAAGGCAGCUUACGAGAGCCUAAUACUUGAUGGCCUCUUUAUGGAAAUUCUUAAUGAGUGUUCUGAUGUGGAUGAGAUCAAAUUCCAAGAAGAUGGCUCCUGGUGCCCCAUGAGGCCAAAGAAGGAAGCUGUGAAAGUGUCAAGUCCCCAGUGCACCAAAAUAGAAAGUUCCAGUGUUGUUAGCAAACCAUGUUCCGUGACAGUGGCCAGUGAGGUAAACAAGAAGAAGGUUGAUGUUAUCGACUUGACAACAGAAAGCUCUUCUGAUGAAGAAGAAGAUCCUCCAGCCAAAAGGAAGUGCAUAUUUAUGUCUGAAAUUCACGGGAGCCCAACCAAAGGGGUUCUCAUGUAUCAGCCAUCUACUGCCAGAGUGCCCAGCGUGACGACGGUCGAUGCUGCUGCUCUUCCUCCUUCAUUAACAGACUACCCAGUACCAUUCCAUCACCCACCAAUAUCCAGUAUUUCAUCAGACUUGCCAGGUCUGGAUUUUCUUUCGCUAAUCCCAGUUGACUCACAGUACUGUCCUCCUAUGUUUUUGGAUAGUCUCACCUCAACCUUAACAAGCAGCACGCCUGGCAGCAUCAUCACCUCCACCAGCCACCACGAGAGCAGCACGCACGUUAGCUCCUCGGGCCGGGCCGAGGCCGGCGUCAUCACCAGCAGCGGCGGCGGCAGCGCGCCCGACAUCAUCUCCCUGGACUGACCCUCGGGGCAGCAUGGGACCCCGCAGGCAUUGCACACAGCUGCUGCUGCUCCUCCUUCCCCCCACCAUGGAAUUCCAGCACCUCGGAGCUCACUCUGAUAUUUAUUGAAAGGGUUUGCCUCCUGGGAGAGUGCGGUGAAUUUGUUGAUGCUAGGAUGAGAAUGGUUUUUGGUUGGGGUUUUUUUUUUUUUUCCCUCUGUCUUCUGCUCGUUGAAUAGCUGGUGUAGAAAAGGCCCUUUUGAGAAUACAUGUUCAAGCUUCUGGUUUGUUCUGGGGAUAUAGACUUACUGUUGUGUGGAUUCCAUAAGUGGUUUCUAAUUUUGUUGUAAGACACAGCAAUAAUGUAAAAACAAAUGAGGUUUUUUUUUUUUAAUAAAGAAAAGCACUUACUCUAGGACAGCAACUAGGACAAAGCUGGAGAAGUGUAAGAAUUAGUGAAUUUUUAAUGUUUUCACUGGGGCCUGUAAUAAACUUCAUUAAGAGAAUGGAGCUUUGAAAUAGCCAUGACGUGUUUUAGGUCUUGUUCCCCGCCGCCCCUUUACCCGGGGAUGUACAGGAAGCCUCUAUAAAUGGAGUUGUUGGGGUUUUUUUUCCCUAGUCUCAUGUUUUUUGCAAAUGCAACAAGAGCCUAAGCUGUGACCUCUUCCUCUUUAUGUUCUUUGAGCUAGGAAGGGGACAGAUUAUCUAUGCAAACCCUGCAUCACACAGUCUCUGUGCUGCCAUGUUAUAAUUGGGACACCUUGCCACCACCAGAAACUCCCAGUAUACAGUUGAGUGUACAGCUGCUUUCUGUGGCAGCGGUAAGGAGAUAAAAUAGGAGCAACUUUCUCCAGUGCAGGAGUAUUUUCUGGAUUUCCUGAUAAUGGUUUCUGUCUCUUCAGCAGCUGCUGUAUUCCACGUGGACUGUGAGGGAGGCUUGGCUUUUUAGGAGAUAGAAGCCAUAGCUGCACAGUAUCCCUAACCUAAUUUUAAAUUGUGUGCUUAGGGCUUUUAAUGAUGCUUUGCCCCGCAUUUCCUGGCCUCCUGAUUGUUGCUUUUCUACUUCAAAGGGAACAACUCCCCCCUGUUUUACUCCUCUGAUGACCGUGCUGCUUUGUUUGUGUGUAUGUGGUGUCUGCCCACACACACCUGGGGAUAACCUCAGCAGUACUGUAUGUGGAAGAGGUUACAGACUAGGAGAACCAAGUCAUUUCCAUGGAGCUGGAAUAAUGGUAUUGUCUGUGUAUGCUGAAAUAACAGCUUUUCCAAGUGUUGCGUUUCUGUUAAGUAACUGUAUUUGAGAUUAUUCCUUCCCUAAUGACCAGAUAGUAGGUUUUUUGCUAACUUCAUGUUCCUUUUUUCUUACCUCUUUAGUUGGAUGUCUGGUGCUUUUUGCCUUCCAGUACAGUUACAGUAUUUGAACCAAGUACAUGGAUGAGAAAUAUUGAACCAGGAUGUUUUGUAACUUUUGUCUGCCCUGUACCCCUACCUUUAAUGCUGCAUUACUGUUCCUUAUUGCCUUUUUUGUAUGAUUUUUCACGGCAGUCUUGAGUUCACCUGUUGGUCUUAAUAGUGCACCCAAUCUCCCUUUUUUUCUUAUCUGUUUAAUAUUUUGUACCUGUUAAGGAUCAGUUGUUAGCAUGAUUUAUUUCCAAUAAAACCAUGCUUUUCAUGAAGUUUUUCCUGAUGGCCUGCAGCAGAUCAGUGCUUUCUGCAUCACCGUUGCACGUCGACUUGACUUAUAAGUAGAGUGUGGAAAGAGGUUCCAAGAGUUACUCUGAAUAAAGGUUUUAAAACUGGUCUCUGCUGAA